CCAAUCACAGAGCGUCCUCGUUAGCUAACGAAGCUAGUUAGCUUAGCUUUGUUACCACGGCAUUGAAUUUGUUUGUAUUGUGAAACAAAAACAAAACAAAAAAACACAGAUUUAAAGAAGAAAACGAUUUUUUAUGAUGUUCGGUCCCUUAUUAAGGGAUCGAGGGGGUCGUUACACAUCUGGCGUUGUAGGGUGCCUACGAAGACAACAGUGAUCGGUUUGGAACAAAGCCGCGGUUUAUAACGCUGUUGUAACUAAACGAGGGUCGACUACUGGGACGCAAGGUUAUAAAACGUUUACUGCAACGUUGUUUAGAGGCGAGGAGUCAAAUUAACCUACAAUGCUCUGUGUCUCGACCGCGGUGGACUAAAGUGGGCCGAAGACUCCUGAGCAUCAUGUCCUUCGUCCUGCUGUGAUCCUGAACACUCUGGGAAUCCAAACUCUCGUGGUGUUGUGUUUAAACCAUCUUCUGCUGUGAUGGAUGCUGGAGCGGAGGUGAUUCCUAUUUGGCAGAAUAAGCCACAUGGUGCGACCCGGAGUGUGGUAAGGAGAAUUGGCUCCACGUUGCCUCUGAAACCCUGCCCCAGAGCCUGUUUCCAGGAGCUGCCCGGUCUGUCCCCCCUGCGGCCCACAGACGGCCCCCUGGUGCCCACACUUGCUGACAUUGCCUGGAUUGCUGCUGAUGAAGAGGAGACUUAUGCGAGAGUCAGGAGUGACACACGCCCCUUCCGUCAGGAGUGGAGGCCGACGCCCCUCAUGGUCCUGCACAGGAACUCGUCAGUGCCUAAUUUCAGGCGUGAGGGAAAGCGCAUGGAGGGUCUGAGGAAGCCGGGCAUCACGGCACUGAACCGCGCCACCGCCCUGCAGGACGAGCUGAGCCGCCUUCGUGCACAAAUCGCCAAGAUUGUAGCUGGAGAGAACGACUCGAACCCCAUCACCCCCGACCUCCUCUCUCCAGACGACACCACUGUCGGUUUCUCCAUGGCUCCUUUCGAGACCGUGCCGUACCACCCGCUCCCCGCCGCCUCCUUCGUCAUCAGCGACGUCACAGAAGUGGACGAGGAGGAAGAGGAGUACGAGUCGGAGGUCCCCGAGCUAGCGCCCGACCCCGUGCCCCCUGUCUGCAUGACGGCUUCGGCGACCUUCGACCUCGACCGGCCCACCAUGGAGUUCCGGGAGGCGGAGGAAGACACGGUGUCGCUGUCCAAGUCCACCAGCUUCGCCGACGUCAAGGACAUCCUGAGGGACAUGAACCGCAUGAAGAUGAGCAAGGACAGAUAUUCCCGUGGCUGUACGUCACUGAUGGAAGAGGACUCUGCUAGUCUGAUCUCCGAAGCCUUGAAGAAGAAGUUUACGCUGAGGGAUGAAGACGUUCAUAUGAAGAAGUGAUCUGCCUUUUCUCCAUCAUCUCUGUACCCACACAUGCCCGACACGUCUGUGCCUGUGGACCGUUUGCCAUGGAAACGCCUCAGAGCCCCAUGAUGCCAAGUUAGGCUCCGCCCCCUUUCUCUCCCAAAGCUAUUACAGCCGCACUGGAGUAGAGCAGCUCUCUGUUAAAACUCUUCCCUUCUCUCUCUCUCUCUCUCUCUCUCUCUCUCUCUCUCUCUCUCUCUCUCUCUCUCUCUCUUUUUAUUACAUCAUAUUUUACAUUUCUCAUUCGCUGCCUUUUCACACAGAACAUAUUGUGUGAUGAAUGUUGUGAUUUUGUGUCGUUUGAACAAAAGCUUCGAAAAUUGCCUUCCUCACGCGCACACUUGUUUCUUUUCAUUUCCCUUUUCAUCCUUUCCUGAAACACGGCAAUACAUUCAUGAAUCAUAGUUACUUAUUUUUUUCUUGACUGGUUUUCAAAUCCUUUAAACUGAUGUAUUUUCUAUACAGACUCAUGGCUGCCUAAAUACUUAGAAAAAACUGUUACGUUACGUUAUUCCUCUCCUACACCGAGUACUCGUUCAACCGUUUACGUACAAAAUGCACUACGUCGCUUCUCUUGCGUGCGAUUUCAGAGCUGCAGUUUGACUAGUCAUUUUUUUAUAUAUUAGUAACGAGCGUUAAUGCACCGUAUUAUUGUGACAGAUGUGACGGUUUAGCCAAAAGAUUCAUUUACACAUCAUUCAUUGUCCCUUACGUCAAACACACGGUCAGUACGCUAAACUAGUCAUGCUAGCUACAGUACAAAUACGGGCACGAUUGUCAGACAGCAAGCAGGUCUUUGCUGAUUGGUCAGAUUUAGAGUUGGGAGAAAUUGUUUCUAUGAUGUAUCUGUUUAUCGACCUUUUUAUUUACACCCAUGGGUCUGGAAAAACACCAUAUUUCCCCAGCGUGAUAAAACACAAAGCUAAUUUGAUUUAAAGAUGAGUGAGUGAGGGAGAGAGAGUGAGGGAGAGAGUGAGAGUGAGGGAGAGAGUGAGAGUGAGGGAGAGAGUGAGAGUGAGGGAGAGAGUGAGAGUGAGGGAGAGAGUGAGGGAGAGGGAGAGAGUGGGCGGGAGUGAGAGUGAGUGAGUGAGUGAGGGCGAGAGUGAGAGUGAGUGAGUGAGGUCGAGAGUGAGGGUGAGUGAGGACGAGAGUGAGGGUGAGAGUGAGUGAGGGUGAGCCUGUGGGAGUGAGUGAGGGAGAGUGAGAGUGGGAGAGAGAGAGUGAGUGUGAGAGAGAGAGAGAGAGAGUGAGUGUGAGAGAGAGCGCUUUGUAUAGCUUAUUGCUGCUGUAGCUGCCUGUGUAGCUCUGAAGAAAUUUUAUAGGAACAUCAGGCCUCGUUUAUGAAAGCGGUCACGUCAGAAUUUAUCCGUAAAUCCUCCGUAUGAGCGUUUACACAAGAAACCUGCUGUUCGUGAAACUUCACUUGGUUUGGAUAAUCAGUCCUUGCAGGAUUACACGCAUGAUACAAGGAGGGGCUAAUUUACCAAAAUCACCGCAGGUUUGUAACGAGACGCGUCAUGUAACAUCACAGCACGCAUUACAUCCGUGUGUACAAUUCAAACGUCUCAAUUCAAGCAGUUUUCCAGGGGGAAAAAAAGCAUCACAAAUUUUGGGGUGUGGGGAAAAAAAAAAAGCAAAAAGAAUCGAUCGUUUCGGUCAACAGUCACCAAAAAAACCCCUGUGAAAUCCUGAAGGGACCGAAUAAACAUUUAAGCUUUACGAUCCGACUCACUAACGUGACCCUUCGCUCCAUCAGCUUCAGAUCGUUUUGUGGUUGUGUGUGUGUGUGUUUUUUUUUUUUUUUUGAAUAUACAGGUUCAUGCUUUGGUGUUUAUUUCAGUGUCACACCAAACACCAACAUAACGAAAGCUCUUGAUUAGUUUUGUAUUAAUGACUAAAGAAAGAGACCCAAAAACUCAGCUAUAAAUACAGACAAAUAAGCGCAUGUGAGAGAUGGAGGUGUCUCUUAUUGCCUUACAUAAACUCAACCCCAUCCAAAUACCAAAAGUAUCACGAUAUUUUGCAUUUGCUAACAAACUACCAGCAUUUUAAAAGCUCAUUAAAGACCACAGUUUCUCAUGAGAGACGUUUUCAUCGCGUUGCCGUGAAGAGUUCUAAUCGAAUAUGACGUUAAUAUCAUAAUCCCUGAUUCUUUUUAUUUAACUCAUCUCUGAAUAUAAUUCCAGAUGCUCACGGGAUCCUUUUUACUCCACAGUUGAAAGUACAAAUACACAAAGAUUUUGGGCUUUAACGUGGAAAACUGUAUUUGGUUUGUUUCUUUGGCAUAUUCCUUUAAAUCCUCGUUUAUAUGCUUUGUGCACUAGAUGAUAAGGAUAAGUCCUGCCGUACAAACUGCUCCUAAACUAGAUGAUGAUGAUUAUGAUGAAGAGGAAACCUGUGACCGUUAGAACUGGGUGUGAAUCCUGCGGCGUGUCUGAGAGAUGAGAUUCAAGCAUGUUUUACUUCCUGUUUGAUCCCAGAUCGUGUUUUUUUUGUGUGUGUUUGUUUUUUUUUUCUUCUUGAAGAGGAUAAGGAAGUUUGUGUGCUGUGAUUUGUUUUCUACUAUGAGAAUGGUGUACCUGCCUGUAUAUUGAGUGUACAAGAGAAAAUAAUAAAAGGUUAACGUUAGAAAUA